UCUCUCUCUCCAAAUCGUAAUAAAUAAAUAAAUUUCACACACACAACAUUAUGAUCCAAUACCAGCUAGUUUUAAACAAUAAAUUAAAUAAAGAAGAAGUGCAGCAUGGAAAGAAAGGGUUCGCCCUACGUGAUCGAGAUCACCGUUAUUUCCGCCGAGGCUUUGCGGCUGACCAAAAAUCAGCCCGUAAAGAAGAACUCCUACGUCGUCCUAAGAUCCGACCCGUUUAACUCCCGGACUACGGGUACGGAUCGCGAGGGCGGGAGCUACCCUGCAUGGAACGAGAAGCUGCUGAUGGAGCUGCCCGCUAACUCUCGUUUCCUAACGGUCGAGGCCCAUUCGGGCAGUAGGCUCGUGGGGGCAGCAAGCAUACCCGUCUCCGACUUCGCGGGCGGCUUCCUGCCCGUUAACUAUUUGAGCUUCUUGAGUUAUAGGUUGAGGGACGCUCAUGGCGCCAAGAAUGGGAUACUCAACCUCUCCGUCAAGGUCAUAGGCCGCCCCACCCCCGCCGUAGGCUGCGCCGCCAGUUGUUCCGGCGGCCCGUGGUCAGGAGUCCCGGUGGUCGAUAGAAACGUCGCCGGUCAUGGGAUUGUAACUGGGAUUCCAGUUUCUUAUAGAUAUUAAUUUUCUUAAAAUUCAAGUUUGUGAAAUGAUUUAAUGUUGUGUAUAUAUAUCAAGAAUAUUUGGAUAUAAUUUGGGCGUGACUAGUUCAUAAUUCAUAAAUAUGGUGAUUAUUCAUUAGGGAGGAAAUCGGAUAAGUAGGCCGAUGGUGGGUUUAUUUUUAUUAUAAUGAUGGAUAUGGUUGUAAAUUUCCAAAUCAUGAAUUGCACAUAUCUUACUAAUAGUAUAUCUUCUCGUGGAAUGGAA